CUCUAACAGUCUGGCUGACACUCUGUGCAGGGAAUAAAGUCUUGCUGCCUGGAGGAAGAACACACCAAUGUGCUUCGCAGCCCUCCAUAUGGAAUUCUAGAACUUAAAGAGCAAGAAUUAGAACUUUGAAGACUUCAAAAUUAUGCAAGUUUAAAAUAAAAUAUCAAAACUCAUUUUUCUUUUUUUUCUUUUUUCUUUUCUUGAAAGACUGCAGGCAUUUUAGUCACUAUGUCUGUUCAGGAGCCAUAUGGAAAAAUCAGUUCUGUCCUGCUAAACUGGUUGCACAGUUUUGGUUUUCAUCUGUCUACGGAGAUCUGAAAGUCUAUGUUAUUUUAUUUUAUGCUUAUUUCAGUAAAGAAGGAGAGUGGUCUGGAGAUCAUCUGGCCAGAAACAGAGUAGUGCUGAAGAUGUCCUGGGUCUGCUUUUAUCUGCCGCUCCAUCUUCUGAUGGCUGUCUGUCUGUGUCAUUCCGUAAGAGCACCCACUACCAGUUUCAAGAGUGAUCUCUUCAACUUCUAUCAUUCCCUGAUUCUUGCUGAUGGUAAGGAAACUACAAUUCACCUGCUGAAGGAUAUACCCAAAAGGUACUACUUUGUUCUGGAGGAAGGCAGAGCACCUGCACCUUUCACAGUAACAGUGACCCCCUGUGAUGUUCCGAUUGAAUGGAGCAUAUUCAUACACAAGGCGUCAGCAAGUUUCCUUGGAAAAGCAGCACAUGGUGAUCAUGGCACCCAAGAGGUCUCAAAAUCUCAAAAGACUUCAAGCAUGGCGUCCACAAUUUUUAACUAUAAAGGAAAUUCUGUAGAGACCUAUGUCGGUAUGUCUUCUUAUUUUACUCUUUAUAUGCUAGAGUUCUUAUCCACUGAGCGAGACACACACAUUACUGUGUACUUAACAACAGACACAACAUCUGGCCACCUCUAUCCAGAACUUCCAGUGGAUCCACGAAUAGAUGUUAUUGGCGUUGGCCGUACAACAGUAACUCUAGCUUGGAAACACAGUCCUUCUGUCUUGCAACACAGAGAAAACAUUCAAUACUGUCUUCUAGUUAAUGACAAACACAACUACAAGAGCUUGUGUGCUGCUGAGACAGCGAUUAGAUCCUCUGGAAUGAAGCUGCCACCUAUGUUAGCUUUGUCUCUCUCUCCAUACCUUCUCGAACCCCAGCAGGUAAUGAUAUUAUCCAACAGUGAAUUAAGCAUCAUCAACAAAGCCAGCAGUGGGGAAGUCAGGCAGAUAUGCACGGGCACCAAGAACACUUACACAGUGCCCAGUCUCAGUCCCAGUACUCAGUAUUACUUUGAUGUUUUUGUUGUCAAUCUCCUCACAAAUGCCAGUGCUGCUUACACUGGGACAUUUGCAAGAACCCUGGAAGAACCAGAACCUAAGAUGGUGGAGCUGAAAGAUGGGAAGGUGAUUCAGGUCGUCCUAGAUGGGAAAAAGCAGAAAUUCUACAGUUUGCAGUACCAGGCGAGGCACAAGAGAAUCCAUUUCACCUUUCAGUCUUGUCGUGGCCAAGUACAGGUUCACAUAACAAAGAACAGUAAAACAGUGGCAUCAGAAAACAUUUCAGGACUGAGGUAUUUCUCAUUGAAGGGAAACCUGCUGGAUACAUAUUUGGUGCAGCUGAGGUCCACAGAGCAGUCUAAUUCUUCUGUGAAAGUUCAGGUGUCCUCCAAUUUCCAAAAGCCCUCAUUUCCACUUCUUCCAGAGAGCUUAAAAAUCAAGUCCUUUAGUAAACUGAGGACCUGCAACUCUGUCACCAUUGCCUGGCUAGGAACACAAGAGGAGAGCAAAUAUUGUGUGUAUAAGAAAAGGAUUGAAGAAGAUCAAGUGUGGAUGGAACUGCAGAGUACAGACAGGUGCGCUGGACCUGAAUCUCGGCACAAGUCUGAGAAAGUGUUGUGCAAGUAUUUCUAUGACAUAAACCUCCAGCGAGCUGUCACCACAGAGACCAUCAAAGGGCUGGAUCCAGGAACACUUUACUUGUUUGAUGUUUAUCUCAUCGGGCCAUCUGGUAUCCCUGUCAGAUACCACAGCAAAGUUGUGAAGACCAGGAAAAAGUGUUGAAGGUUCUUCAAAAGAUGUUUUGUAGCAAGUGAACAAAGAAUAAAAUCAAAACCUAUGCCAAAUCCAUGUCAGAGCUGUACAGCUUAAGAUAGCUGAGGCAUAAAAGGAAAAAAUUUUAAACCCAUGAGAUUCUAGGGAGGCAUCAUGUUAGUUGUCUAGAUCACUAUGCUUACUUUUACACCUUCUCUCCUGUAUAAGUUUUUUUCUCAGCUGUUUCAUUCAGAUAUCAAAAACAGCUGUGAAAUGAACCCAUGCACUCAAAAAUAGAGUACUCACAACGGGACUCCUGAGAAAUCAAUUGGUUACCUAAAAUGCAUGAGAAAUCCAACACAGAAGUGAUGGGGAAUGCCUCUCAAAGAGCACACAUCAUUAUUUUAGAGUCCCACAGAGUUUUCCACUUUGUGUAACUCCAUCAGCUAAUGAGGAACUUAGAGACCACACAAGUCAAGUUGCCUUCGAGAAACUGGAUUUCCCUGCUGCUUGAACAGUUUGCUGGGAAGAAAACAAAAAAGCAGUAGAACUGGUAUCAGGUUGGUACAGCUUCACAGCUGUAGAGCAGGCUCAAAUACUCCUUUCCUCCUUAGCUGUAUGUUUGCUUUGCUCUCAGUUCUACAAACUGUUCUUGAUGAGAGACCAAGUUCAAGUCAGGAACUGGUUCUGGAUCCAACUUUGCUUCAGCUGUGUGUGCAUAGGAAUACAGCACUCUGGUUCUGCCCAUUGAGGAAAGGUUUGAGUAAGGAAUCUGGUCAUUGAAAAGAGGCUUUUUCUUUUAUGGUGUCUGAUAUCAAGCCCAUGUCUCUCCCUGUGUGACUUCUGAGUGUAAUAAACUCAUUCUUUACA